GAGCGCUGUCGUCAUCGACGCGCGACCACGUCCAAGGGGGCGAGGUAUGGCGAGGGUUGCCUUGGCGCUGAGCGGCUGUCAUGGCGUCCACCGGGGAAGGGAGCUGCUCUGGUGAAGCCGAGGCCUCCGCCCGGGCGGGGAGCUCCUCCGAAGAGGCGCUCCGAGAGAUCCUGAGGGACUCCUUGCGUGUGCUGCUUAGGCUGGCAGAGGAGAUUAAUCUUGGAGAAGACGUGGUGAAAAUUAACGUGGAUUGGAGCAAACUUCAAGAAGCAUCACCAGUUCAGCCUGUUUUGCUUAUUACUGUUCUGCAGCAGCAUAUUUCAGCAUUACAGCCAUUUAUAGAGAAACUCCAGUCUUUGAUUAAAGCAGAAAAUGCCACAGCCACUAAUGAUUACAAUAAGACAGAAUGCACAAAGUGUGAUAUUAAUUCAAAGGCAAUAGAUAAAGAUUUGCAGCUAGAAGAGACUCACACAACCUGCGAUUCUGCAAACCUGAAGAAAACUAAUUUUGAUUUUGACCCAGAAGUGGUCCAGAUAAAAGCUGGGAAAGCUGAAAUUGAAAGACGAAUAUCAGCCUUCAUUGAAAGGAAGCAAGCUGAGAUCAAUGAAAACAACGUCAGAGAAUUUUGCAAUGUUAUUGAUUGUAAUCAAGAAAACAGCUGUGCUAGAACUGAUGCAGUGUUCACGCCGUAUCCAGGAUUCAAAAGUCACGUGAAGGUUUCUCGAGUUGUAAAUACCUAUGGCCCUCAGACUAGAAGUGAAAGUGGUUAUGGGUCCUGCCAUAAAAACUCCGUAUUCCGAGAUUGUGGGAAUCAAGCUGUAGAAGAGAGACUACAGAACAUUGAGGCUCAUCUGAGGCUGCAAACAGGCAGACCAGUACCUAAAGACAUUUAUCAAAGGAUUAAAAAGCUGGAAGAUAAAAUCCUUGAACUGGAAGGGAUGUCUCCUGAAUACUUCCAGGCUAUGAAUUUGUCUGGCAAAAGAAGGAAAAUCCAGCAGAACCAAGACUAUUCUUUGGCCGAACUUGAUGAGAAGAUCAAUGCACUUAAGCAAACAUUGCUGAGAAAAACAAAUGAUGGGAGGCCCAAGGUGGUUGACCAGCUUCUUUGAGUACAGCAAUGUGACUUCAGCGAGCCUUCAUGUUUACUUAACUCCUUUAGACUGUCUUGAGUAGUGUUUAUCUAGGCACUAUGGUAAGGAAACUCGACAAUACCUGUGACUUCGUCUGAUCAUUAGCGGAAACAAAAAAGAAGUGAACUUUGCUUCUUCAAAUGGAGAAGGUUUUCGGACAGCAUUACAAAUAUUGCUUCCCUUCUGUUGGAAGAACAUACUGUGCAGCCGUUAAUAAAACAAACACCCUUUUGGUUGGCUGCAUGAAAAUAACUGUACAUUUUGUAUGUGAUGGCCAUGCAUCAGAAAAUUAUCCCAUGGAAUACUGUUUUAACUAGACAUUGUUAUGUGAAAUGUGGUUUUUUAAUAUAGCUUUGUGAAGUAACCUAAGUAUACAUGUAAAAAAAUAAAGAUGCUUUGUAAUAAC